CAACCCCCGCGGCGGCUGCAGCAUCCGCCUCUGCAGCGGCAACUCCCGGCGGUGAAGCCACGGCCCAAAGAGGAGCUGGAUGUACAUCACAGCAGCAGCUCUAGGGCGAGUACAGGAAGCGAUCUUUGUAUUUGCGUACUUGGUAGUGGAACUGCAAGAGGUAUGCACGUGUGUCAAAUUACCAACAGAAGUAACCCAGUUCAGUGCAAUGUCGCAUAAAAAUCCACUUUUACAACUUUGGGGGGAGGUUGAAAGUGAGUCAUCAGGUGAUUCUGCCACUGAUGAUGACUGGGAUCAUGUGAGCCAGAGAAGUUUCGACAGUGAGACGGAACAAGAAAUGACAGAUAGAGAAGCAGAGACUGAAGGUCUUGAUUCAGAUGAGGAAGGCCAACAUUUGACGAGUCGAAAUGGUACGAAAUGGUCACACGUACCCGAACAGUCCGACGAUAGAAUCAGUUCAGAAAACGUUAUCAGGUUCUUGCCAGGGGUGAAACCUAUUGCACAGAAUGCCAACACUGCGAUUCAGUGCUGGAAAUUGUUUGUAACGGACGUUAUGCUACAAGAUAUUGUGAAAUACACUAAUAAUGAAAUUCAACUAAAACGUUCCAUAUGCAGCAAUAGUAGUACUGAAAAAUAUACUUAUCACGACACCUCCCUAUCUGAACUAAAAGCCUUCAUAGGUCUGCUGUAUAUAGCAGGACUUUAUAAUCGUGAGAAUCUAAAGGAUUUGUGGAGAACUGAUGGGUGUGGCGUUAAGAUUUUUAGAACAACAAUGACACUCCAGAGAUUCUGUUUCCUUCGAAAUUGCCUACGUUUUGAUGACAAAAAGACCCGCCAAGAAAGAAAAAACUCUGACAAUUUGGCUGCUAUUCGCUCAUUUUUUGAAAGCUUCGUUUUGAACUGUCAGGCAAUUUAUACACCAUCUGAAUACAUGACAAUUGAUGAACAACUUGCAUCAUUUCGUGGUCGAUGUAGUUUUCGGCAGUAUAUGCCAAAUAAGCCUUCUAAAUAUGGUAUAAAAAUAUAUGCCCUGGUAGAUGCGAAAACAUUUUACACCAUGAAUUUAGAAAUUUAUCCUGGAACUCAGCCACCAGGGCUUUAUUCGUGCAGUAAUAAACCAUACGAUGUUGUGAAUCGACUUGUUGCACCUAUUUCCAAAAGUAACCGAAAUGUCACAUUUGACAGUUGGUUCACUAGUUACUCAUUGAUGUUGCAUCUGCUACAAGAACAUCAGUUGACCAGCACAGGGACUAUUCACAAGAACCAAGCAGAGAUUCCUGAAAAAAUGUUGCAAGUUCACAAUAGAGAAAUGUAUAGUACAAUCUUUGGAUUUCAGAAAGACGUAACGUUGGCCUCUUACAUAGCGAAGAAAAACAAAGUAGUAUUGAUACUGUCCACGUUACACCAUGAUGAUAAGAUCGAUAGUGAGUCCUCAACACGAAUGAAGCCAGAAAUUGUCACAUUUUACAACAAAACAAAGUGCGGAGUAGAUGUUGUUGAUGAGCUAUGCAGUGAGUAUGAUGUCUCUCGAAAUACAAAGCGUUGGCCAAUGGUUGUGUUUUACUUGAUCCUAAACAUGUCAGGCAUAAAUAGUAUCAUAGUUUACAAAGAAAACAACAAGUGCAAGAUAUCACAGAGAGAUUUUCUUAGAGAAUUGGGACUGGAAUUGAUAAAAGAUCAAUUACAACAGUGGAAGAACAUUAUGUAUCUGCCCAAAGAUUGCAAGAGAAUCCUGGAGCAGACCAAUGAACAAACAGGUGAAACAUCACAAGAACCUCCUAGCCAAGCAGCAAGACCAGCAAGAUGUCAAGUGUGUCCUACAAAAAAAGACAGGAAAACAAAACGCACGUGCUAUCGCUGUAAGCGAUACUUGUGUAUGGGACAUGCUGUUCGUGUGUGUGAAGACUGCCUUAGGUGCCAUAAUUCAAGUAAAGAUAAUUUUUCUUGUUGAAUUGUAUUUUCGUUUUAGUUCAUGUAGGAGUUUAUUUCUGUUACUCUUAGAUUUUUGUAAGCAAAGACCAGUUGAUGUUGAAAAUGCUGAUGAGGGGCCCAGAGAUUUAGCUUAGUGGUGCCACCAUCUGCCUUGCAAGCACAAGGCCCCUAGUUCAAUCCCUGGUACCCCGCCCCCCACAAAUGCUGAUGUUUAUAUUAUAAACACUGAAAAUUAAUAUUUUAAGCUCCUAAUAGAAGAGCAAUAUCAGGGGGCUGGGGAUUUAGCUCAGUAGUUCUGCUGCCUGCCUCGCAAAUGCAGGGUCCCGAGUUCAAUCCCCAGUACCAAAAAAAAAAAAAAAGUCAGAGAUGCUACUCUCCUUGCCACAGAAGAGCAAUACCAGCAAGAUAUAAAAACAUGUGCUAUCACUGUAAUACUUCUGUAUGGAACAUGCUGUUUUCAGGAGUGAAGACUGCCUUAGGUGUGAUAAUGGAAGUAAAGAUUUUU